AUGGCUCGGUUCGUUUCCCAUUCUGACUGUUCUGAGUUUGAGGAAGAAUUUGUUCAAUGGCACUUCCCCGAAUUGUUUAACCGUUUGGUGAAUCUUCGAAUUCUUGCACUUUCUCAUAACCAUUUCUCUGGGGAAGUUCCUGAUCUUAGCAGUUUGACAAAUCUUCAAAAGCUUGAUCUAGAAGAUAAUUCUUUCGGCCUCGAUUUCCUCGGCUUGGCAACAAGUUGGUCCGCCUUGUAUUGGGAAAGAACAGACAACAAGCUUAGUGGGAUGCUAUUUGAAAACACUUCCUGCAAUGCAGAGCUUGAAUUUGCAGAUUUAUCAUCAAACCCUUUGUCCGGAAACUUGCCAAGCUCUCUCUCAAAUUCUAAAAACCGAGUUUCCCUGAGGUCAAAUGCCGGGUAUAUGUCGCAAACGAUGAAUACAGGAGCACUCGGACUACCGGCUUAUCGAACCUUUUCAUUAGAAGAACUUGAGGUUGCUACAAACAACUUUGACACAACCGCUUUCAUGGGUGAAGGUUCUCAGGGACAUAUGUAUAGAGGUAGGCUGAAAGAUGGAACAUUUGUGGCCAUUAGAUGCCUGAAAAUGAAGAAAAGCCAUAGUACACAAAGCUUUAUGCAUCAUGUAGAGCUUAUUUCGAAAUUGAGAUAUCGACAUUUAGUCAGUGCUCUUGGCCAUUGCUUUGAAUGUUACUUGGAUGAUUCAAGUGUCAGCAGAAUUUUUCUGAUCUUUGAAUAUGUACCAAAUGGCUCUCUCAGGAGCUGGAUAUCUGGAGGCAAUGGCAAACACUCACUUACAUGGGCACAGCGCAUAUCGGCUGCAAUCGGGAUAGCAAAGGGCAUCCAAUUUUUGCAUACUGGGAUUGUGCCUGGUGUGUAA